ACCAACUACAGGUGUCCAUUGUGGGUUAGUGAGGAGAGACAGAGAGAGAGGUGGGAGUGCAGGAGGAGAUUUAGGAGAGGCUUUGGUUUAGGAGAGGCAGGGAGUGUUUAAAUAGGAGGCGGAGGCAACAGCAACAAUGCGGUCAAUUCCAGAAAUCCAGGAGGAAGGCAGAAUCAGCGGACUUGUCCUUCGCGGGACAGAAUGGUAAGUUUGUGGGGCCCCAUCCUAUUCUUUGCCCUAUCUCCUUCUCCCCAGAACGAUUCCCGUAGGUUCAUUAUCACGUGGUGCUGAUAAUGCCAAGGUUGCAGGCUUGCACAGCUGCACUGCCCGCAGAAUCCUCGAGUCUCUCUUCCCUAAAUUGGGGGGGGGGGGGCUGAAGUAGUGAUACCCCCCCGUGGUGGCGAUUCCAGGGUCCAAACUCUUAAAGGGGUUUGUAUAUGGGAGUUACUGGCCAUACACUGAAAGGUUGUCAGUGAAGCAGUUUACAAGGUAAAACAAUGUAUGUUGACAAGGCCUCGCUCCUGUCAGCACUCACGCUGCAGCAUCCUGCACUAACUGCAGCUUCCAAGCACAAGGGAAGCCCCAUGUACAGUGCAUGCCAGCAAUCCAGUCUUGAAGCAAUCAGGGCAUGAACUAUGGUAGCCAGGCUCUCUCGGUUCUGGAGUGGCAGGAGCUGGUACCUCCUUUCUCUCCAAGCCCUGAAUGCUCUUGGCUGCCUCUCUGCAGCUGUUAUGAAGUCCUACAGUUCAUUCAACUGUGAAAGAGGGAAGGAAUUGGGAGGGAUGUGCCGGCAAUUCUCUAUUAGGCUCAACGUAUUUCUGUUCUGCGUCACCUCUUCUAGGCUCAGGCAAAUGAGAAGCUUCCUUCAGGUCAAAAGGAGCAAUAAAGUGGCCCUGCUGCAGAACAAGGAGCCUCCUGUGACACCAGGUGAGGAAGUACCUCCCCCACAGACACCAUUUUGGGAAGGUCAGGGCAGGAAUAGGCUAGGGGGCAGCUCAGGAUAUAGGAUAGGAUUUGAGGGGUAGGGGAAGCUAGUAAGAAAAAAACCAAAAGAGCCAGACUGCUGGCUCUGACCCAAGGCUAGAGGGCCACAUUCUCUUAUGAGCCUCAUUCGGGGGGGCUGUAGGCCAAGACUGGCCCCCAAGGCCUGGGGUUUGCCACCCCUGUAGGAGGAGUGUAGAAGCAGGGGAGUCAAGGAGAAAAUUAUUGCAACAAUCUUGGAAGCUGCAAAGGGACGAACUAACCUGUCCCCAUGUCCUUCUCUUGUUGCAGUGGUGCCAAAGCUCUUCAUGACUGUUCCGAAGCCUGAGGUUAGUACAGGGGGAAACAAAAGAGGAGGGAGUGGAUCCCCCAGACCCUCUGCCUGCUGACUGUGGUCUUUGCCCCCAAUUCUGCAGUGGCGUGUGUCCCUGGGGUGUCAGGAUGAUGCCAGAGGCGUGUCCUGCCCUCUUCCCUGGUGCUGCCCUUCCACCUCUGCCCAGGAGGCUGCAGGGCCCAUGGAGGUCCUCUGGGGCAAGGGAUGGGGCCCAAGCCUGAGGGAGGCCAGUCUUUCCUGGCUUGGGCCCCCUUGUGGGCUCCCUUGCACCUGUCAAUGGUGGGUUUUGUAGUGUCACAAAAUGCAUGUGAUCCAGCUUUCUCUUUCCUCUGCAGAAGGCAAUAGGCCGACAUCGGUUCAUCCAGCACCCGAAGAAGGUAAACAAAUCUCCACACCUUGGGGACUUUUCACUUAGUAGCGUUAUGGUUCCUUCCUGAGAAAGACCUCUCAGGCCUUCUUACUGUGCCUUGCUGGCCUUUUUCACUUCGCCUCUGUAGGCAGGGCCCUGACUGACUCCAGCUACAAAAGCUGAGGUGGCUGAACCCUUGGAUUUGGGUAAUGUUUAGAGGGCUUUCCUGAGAGAGGCUGUUAAUUCAGUUUCUCAUUUCCGUUCUCUUCCAGAGGACAUCAUUACUGAAGAUUUGUAGGGUUUCCGGUUCUGGUCUCUGCCAUGGCAACGUCUCUCCCUUCUGGGACCAGACUCAGACGGAGGGGAGGGGUUACCUGAGGUUGUAAAACCCUCUAAAAACCCCUGAAGGCAGGCGGGGGACAAGGCACCUGUGGGCGUCUUUGUGCCUGCUCCUGCUGGUCUCAAGCCCUGCGCCGCUGAGGCAGGCUCCACGGCUGCCAUUGCAAGAGGCAAAGCUCCUUCACCUCUUGAUAUAUUGGAUCAAAAUUAAAGGCGCCUCCAGAGGAAAUGUGGACAGUGAGCUGCAAUCUGAAUGAGACUAUCGAGAUGGAGGGAUGAAAUUUGAAUGUCCUGCCGUGAUUAAAAAUGGAGAGAAGAGGGGAGGGGAACUUCUUAUUAUUAAUUUUAUUUUUAUUAUUUAAAGUCUGCAAGGACUUAACACUUACCCCAUCUGGUUUAAAGAACUAAAAGGAUCACAAAUGGACGUGUGUGGCGGCUAUCAGCUUUCCUGUGCGCCAGCUACACCGCGAUUCAGGCGAUCAGAAGCGCGCCCCCUUCGCCGCCUUGAGUGGGCUGUGGGCAGGGAGCAAUGGCUGACGCCCAUUUUAUGCCCCCCCCCUCGUCUCUGCCCCUGGCAGGGGCCCACCUCACCACCCCUUAGCUACAGCCCUGGUUGUUGAUAUUUUCUUUUUCUUUCAUUAAUUUUUUUAUUAGAAAUUUAAAUAAAAAAUAUUAUCCAAAAGCAUGUCAUCCUUAGUUUUGACAGGUGCAUCCCUUGCACCUGCCAAUGGUGGGUUUUGUAGUUUCACCAAAGGCGUCUCAUCCAGCUUUCUCUUUCCUCUGCAGAAGGCAAUAGCCCAACGACACCAGUCCCGUGUUCGUCCAGCACCCGAAGAAGGUAAACGAAUCUCCACACCUUGGGGACUUUUCACUUAGUAGUGUUAUGGUUCAUGCCCAAGAAAGACCUCUCAGGCCUUCUUACUGUGCCUUGCUGGCCUUUUUCACUUCCCCUCAGUAGGCAGGGCCCUGACUGACUCCAGCUACAAAAGCUGAGGUGGCUGAACCCUUGGAUUUGGGUAAUGUUUAGAGGGCUUUCCUGAGAGAGGCUGUUAAUUCAGUUUCUCAUUUCCGUUCUCUUCCAGAGGACAUCAUUACUGAAGAUUUGUAGGGUUUCCGGUUCUGGUCUCUGCCAUGGCAACGUCUCUCCCUUCUGGGACCAGACUCAGACGGAGGGGAGGGGUUACCUGAGGUUGUAAAACCCUCUAAAAACCCCUGAAGGCAGUCGGGGGACAAGGCACCUGUGGACGUCUUUGUGCCUGCUCCUGCUGGUCUCAAGCCCUGCGCCGCUGAGGCAGGCUCCACGGCUGCCAUUGCAAGAGGCAAAGCUCCUUCACCUCUUGAUAUAUUGGAUCAAAAUUAAAGGCACCUCCAGAGGAAAUGUGGACAGUGAGCUGCAAUCUGAAUGAGACUAUCGAGAUGGAGGGAUGAAAUUUGAAUGUCCUGCCGUGAUUAAAAAUGGAGAGAAGAGGGGAGGGGAACUUCUUAUUAUUAUUAAUUUUAUUUUUAUUAUUUAAAGUCUGCAAGGACUUAACACGUACCCCAUCUGGUUUAAAGAAAUAAAAGGAUCACAAAUGGACGUGUGUGGCGGCUAUCAGCUUUCCUGUGCGCCAGCUACACUGCGAUUCAGGCGAUCAGAAGCGCGCCCCCUUUGCCGCCUUGAGUGGGCUGUGGGCAGGGAGCGAUGGCUGACGCCCAUUUUAUGCCCCCCACUGUCUCUGCCCCUAGCAGGGGCCCACCUCACCACCCCUUAGCUACAGCCCUGGUUGUUGAUAUUUUCUUUUUCUUUCAUUAAUUUUUUAUUAGAAAUUUAAAUACUGUAAAAAAUAUUAUCCAAAAGCAUGUCAUCCUUAGUUUUGACAGGUGCAUCCCUUGCACCUGUCAAUGGUGGGUUUUGUAGUUUCACAAAAGGCGUCUCAUCCAGCUUUCUCUUUCCUCUGCAGAAGGCAAUAGCCCAGUGACACUGGUCCCGCGUUCGGCCAGCACCUGAGGAAGGUAAAUGAAUCUCCACACCUUGGGGACUUUUCACUUAGUAGUGUUAUGGUUCGUGCCCAAGAAAGACCUCCCAGGCCUUCUUACUGUGCCUUGCAGGCCUUUUUCACUUUGCCUCAGGAGGCAGAGCCCUGACUGACUCCAGCUACAAAAGCUGAGGUGGUUGAACCCUUGGGUUGGGUACUGUUUGGCAGGAUUAGUUGAGAGAGGCUGUUAAUUCAAUCUCUCUUUUUCAUUCUCUUCCAGAGGACAUAAUUAUAGAAGACCUUGAAUGAGGGUGGAAAAAAAAUCUGUGGAAGAAAGACAGCACCCAGAUUUUGGGAGGCAUAUAAGUGGAGCAAGCAGGAGAACUUUCGGUAUUUUGAGGGGGAAAUCCCCAAAGCAGAAGAGAACCUGGGACAGCUUCAGAACCAGCCUCAGUGCCACCAGCUUACCUGCCUAGAAAGACUUAAGGACUGGAACUCCAGCAUAUUUGGGACUUAACUUUCAAACCAUUUGGAUUACAAAAACUAAGAAGCCGAAAUAGGGAC